ACGGAACUGGAUCUCCUCUUCGGUGCCUAAGAGCCUGGGUCCUCUCUUGCCAGAACUCCGCUUCCCGGCCUCCAGAUUCAGGCGACCUAGCCCCUCUAUUUCCAGGACCUAAGCACCCCGGGUCUCUGCCUCCCGGAUCCAGUCGUCCCGGAUCCGCACCAACAGGACCUCCUGCAAACCUCUGCCACCUGGGUUCACUUAAACCUUCCGGAGCCCAGCUUCACGUCCGAGCCGAGAAAUUCCUGUAUUCCAAACUCCAAGCUCCCAGAAUUUGGGCAUCUGGCAUAGCCUGGAAGAACAGAGGAGCCCCAACGCUCGCUUUAGGGAACUCAGAUAUACUCCAGCUUCCAAGAGCCAAGGAACUUCGUCGCUGUGAAUUCGCAACUCGAAGGAGCGGUCCGAAGUUCCAGCCUCCAGGCGCUGUUAGUCAACUCUCAGUCCUAAGGAACGUGGGCGUCCUCUUGAGCCUAAGCACUUCCAGUUUUUAGGGGCUAAAGAAGCCCAGUGCGUCCCAUCAUGGUGGCCGAUCCUCCCCUUAGUGGAGACCUCAAGGGGUUCGCAGAGGCGGAGCCCACCGUGAAGGAUGGCUCGACGCUAGUCCCUACCGAGGACAAAGGCAAGGCAGCGGGCGGCUGCUGCCGUUCUCGGGAGCAGGUACGCCGCUGCCUUCGAGCCAACCUGCUGGUGCUGCUGACAGUGGUGGCCGUGGUGGCCGGCGUGGUGCUAGGGCUGGCGGUUUCGGGGGCCAGCGGCAAGUUAGCCCUGGGCCCCGAGCACCAGACGGCCUUCGCCUUCCCGGGCGAGCUCCUGCUGCGCCUGUUGAAGAUGAUCAUCUUGCCGCUGGUGGUGUGCAGCCUGGUCGGCGGCGCCGCCAGCCUGGACCCAAGCGCUCUGGGCCGCCUGGGUGCCUGGGCGCUGCUCUUUUUCUUGCUCACCACCCUGUUGGCGUCGGCGCUCGGAGUGGGCUUGGCGCUGGUGCUGAAGCCGGGUUCCUCCUUCGCCGCCUCCAAUGCUUCGGUCGGGACCACUGACUCUAUCAAACAGACCCCCAGCAAGGAAGUGCUGGAUUCCUUCCUGGAUCUUGUGAGAAAUAUCUUCCCUUCCAACUUGGUGUCUGCAGCCUUCCGCUCAUACUCUACUAUCUCCUACAGAACGAUCAAUGGGACCACACUCCAUGGAACCUCCGUGAAGAUUCCGGUUGGGCAGGAGGUGGAGGGCAUGAACAUCCUGGGCUUGGUGGUGUUUGCCAUCGUCUUUGGUGUGGCCCUGCGGAAGCUGGGGCCUGAGGGGGAGCUGCUCAUCCGCUUCUUCAACUCCUUCAAUGAAGCCACCAUGGUGCUGGUUUCCUGGAUCAUGUGGUACGCCCCUGUGGGCAUCAUGUUCCUGGUGGCCAGCAAGAUCAUUGAGAUGGAUGACGUGGGGAUACUCUUCACCAGUCUGGGCAAGUAUAUCCUCUGCUGUCUGCUGGGCCAUGCCAUCCACGGAUUCCUGGUGCUGCCCCUCAUCUACUUCCUCUUCACCCGUAAGAACCCCUACCGUUUCCUGUGGGGCAUCAUGACACCGCUGGCCACCGCCUUUGGGACCUCAUCCAGUUCCGCAACGCUGCCGCUGAUGAUGAAGUGUGUAGAGGAGAAUAAUGGCGUGAGCAAGCACAUUAGCCGCUUUAUUCUGCCCAUCGGCGCCACUGUCAACAUGGACGGCGCGGCACUCUUCCAGUGUGUGGCUGCGGUGUUCAUUGCCCAGAUCAACCAGCAACCCCUGGACUUUGUGAAUAUUAUCACUAUUCUGGUUACUGCCACAGCAUCCAGUGUGGGGGCAGCAGGCAUCCCUGCUGGAGGUGUCCUUACUCUGGCCAUCAUCCUCGAAGCUGUCAACCUCCCUGUCAAGGAAAUCUCCUUGAUCUUGGCAGUGGAUUGGCUAGUGGACCGGUCCUGCACUGUCCUCAAUGUGGAAGGUGAUGCUUUGGGGGCAGGACUCCUCCAAAAUUAUGUGGAUCGUACACAGUCUAGGAGCCCCAUGCCUGAGUUGGUUCAGGUGAAGAGUGAGAUGCCCUUGAAUCCACUGCCAGCCCCCACUGAGGAAGGGCACCCCCUCCUCACACACUACGGGGGGCCUGUGGGAAAUGCUGCCACCUCUGAAAAGGAAUCAAUCAUGUGAAUCCCAGGAGGGAUCUUCCCUGCCCUGAUGAGGGCCACAUCAUGAGGAAUGGCUAAAAUGGACACACUCCAGAGAGCCAGAGGCUCCAGUCCUCUCCCAGACAGGAGAUCUGGGAGGCCUCACUGCUGGGGUACAUGUGUUUAUAUAUGUAUAUGAGUAUGUCUCCCUAAAUGUCUCAUGUUCUCAACUUAUGUCCCUGACCCAAGGUUAAGAAAUGGCAAGAAAUAAUAUUUUCCCCAUCCUGCUUCCAGGACCUGCCUGGCGUUCCCUGUCGCAGGGUACAGCUCUCAGGUCACCAUGUGGAAUUCUACCCCUGUUGGGCAGGCAAAUAUUCCAGUGUGAUUGCUGUUCAAAUAUUCCAGUGUGAUGCUGUUAUUUUGGUGGCUGUAGCUGGGAUAUGUGUGUGUGUGUGUAUUCUAUGACCACCUGGUCUUUCCACGGUACAGCCCACCCUGUCCCCAGGGCCCCUAUUCCUUCAUAGUAACAAACACUACCAGGAACUCUCUGAGGAGGCCUAGGACAAAUACUGCUGUCAUACUUUCUAGCAAUAAAAUUGAGUGUCAGGGCUCGGUGCCCAUAGCACAGUUACAGCAUCAGCCACAUACACCAGGGGGUUCGAACUCAGCCCAGGCCAGCUAAAUGAUAAUGACAACUGCAACAAAAAAUAGCUGCACAUUGUGGCAGGCACCUGUAGUCCCAGCUACCUGGGAGGCUGAGGCAAGAGAAUUGCUUAAGCCCAAGAGUUUGAGGUUGCUGUGAACUGCGAAGCCACUGCACUCUACCAAGGGUGACACAGUGAGACUGCCUCACCAAAAAAAGAAAAAAAUUGUCAGUUUAUUUCAUCAAGUGUCUUUAAGUAUUUGACUAAACAAACUAGCUACAACAAUGAAGAUGUCCAUUUAAGAAGCACCACUGGAAACCACAAUGAGACACCACUCUGUACAGGUAGACCACCUAAUAACAAAAACAGUACCCUUUGGUGGGCCAAGGUACAUUGGGGCGAUCACCUGAACUCAGGAGUUCAAGACCAACCUGAGCAAGAGUGAGACCCCCAUCUCUAAAAGAAUAGCUGGGUGUCAUAGGGGGUACUUGUAGUCCCAGAUACUUAGGAGGCUGAGGCAGAAGAAUCACUUGAGCCCAAGAGUUUGAGGUUGCUGUGAGCUACAACACUACGGCACUCCACUGAGGACAACAAAGAGAGAUUCUGUGUCAAAACAACAAAAACAGUACCAAAUACUGAUGAGGACAAGGAAUGACUGGACUUGUACGUUGUUGGUGGGAAUGGAAAAUGGCCCCAUUACUUUAGAAAACCGGACAGCUUUUUUUUUUUUUUUUUGAGACAGAAUCCCUCGGGUUGAGAGCUAUGGCAUCAUAGCUCACGCCAUCUGAAACUCUUAGGCUCUGAUGAUCCUCUUGCUUUAGCCUCCCAAGUAGCUCGCACUACUGGUGCCUGCCACAAUACCUGGUUUGACAGUUUCUUAUAAAGUUAAAAUAUACACUUACUGUGCACGUUAGGACUCACACUCCUGGAAUUUACUCAAGAGAAAUGAAAACUGUUGUUCAUGCAAAAACCUGCACAUGCAUGUUUAUUGUCUCUGAAUUCAUUAUUGCCAAACUUUGGGGAAAAAGUAAAAAAAAAAAAUGGAUGGAAGAUCAGUCAGCAAUAAAUAGAAACAGUAUUGAUUUUUACUGCAACGUGGACAGAUCUCACAAAUAAUUUAUUGAUGCCAGUACAUGCUGUAUAGCUGCAUUUAUAGAAAGACUGGUCUGUGGUGAGAGAAAUCAGAACAGUGGGAAAUCAGACAUGAGAAUGUACAUUGACAAGGCACAAGAAACCUAUGAUAAAGCAAAUGUCUUGGUGUGGAUGAUGGUUCUAUAUGGAAUUUUUUUUUUUUGUAAAGACAGAGUCUCA